ACACCAGUGGUGGGAUGGAAUUGAAGCACUAGCAACCACGAUAACGAUAUGACCUCGUCCGUACGAGACGGCGGGUGUGCCGUACGCCUCACAAUGGGCCACGCGAACGAGAGAAAUAGAAGAGAAAAGAAGCUAUCUAUUUCUAUGCCGUAAGUCGGAAGGCGUCUGCGAGGAGCCCAGCCGUGUAGAAAUGUGAGAGUCGACACUUCAGCGCAAAAGGGUAUUGAUCGAUCGUUCUCCCAAUCCAGAAUUCUCAAGAAUUCCAUUCCAUGCCACAUUCCAGAAUCGGAUCGAUCGAUCCAGCUUUCCAGAUGAAGGCGCCGGUUGCAGCGCCGGGUCUGCUCCUCCUCCACGCCUCCGCCAGCGGCAAAUCCACCGCGAAUGUGCUGCUGGUCGGGACAAUCUUCCUCGUCGCCUCCCUGCUCGUCAUCCUCGGGUCCUUCACGACCAAGAGCAGCGGCAGCAGCAGCAGCAGCGUCGAAUUCGUGAUGCCCGUCACGCAGUCCUGCGAGAAAUCGUCGCCCAGCUCGUCAAUGUCCAAGAAUUUCGUCCCCGCUGAGGCAAUUGAUCCAAUUCCCGCGCUCGAAGAACAGGGGACCGGGAUACACUCCAAUGUCCGCCAUCUCCAUCCAAUCGGCGUCGCCGCCCACACAUUCGUCCUCACUGGAGGCUAUAGAACAGAGAAGAGGUCCUUCGCGGUCGUGGGCCUCGCCUCCAAGCCCCUCCACGUCUUUGGCAAGCCCGAGUUCUCGUGUGAAUGGGUGCCCACCACCUCGGCCUCCCAGCCCACCUCGGACUCUCCUUCUUCUUCUUCCAUCUUUGGCCGCGCAAAGAGAAUCUUGCCCGACUGGGGCUAUGGCCGCGUCUACACCGUGGUAGUCGUCCACUGCUACUUCAAAUCCUCCGUGGGCGAGAACGGCAGCGGCGGGCGAUUGAUCCUCCAUGCCGGCGAGAAGGGAUCCGCCACGCCGGCCUCCAAGAUCACCGCGCUUGUGGAAGCGCCAGGAUCGUACUCUCCCUCCCAGUUCCUCCCAAAGUACGACUACCUCUACUGCGGCUCCUCGCUGUUUGGCGACAUCAAUCCACAGCGGCUGCGCGAGUGGAUCGCGUACCACGCCUGGCUGUUCGGACCAAGAUCGCAUUUCGUGCUCCACGACGUCGGCGGCGCGCGAUCCAAGGGAGUGAGAUCAGUGCUGGAGCCUUGGAUCCGAUCCGGGCGAGUGACCGUCCAGGAUUUUCGCGAGCAAGCGCGCUUCGAUGGCUACUACUAUAACCAGUUCCUGGUCGUGAACGAUUGCUUGUUUCGCUACAAGCACGCAGCCAAUUGGACCUUCUUCUUCGACGUGGACGAGUACGUAAACGUUCCCGGCCCAUCCACGCUAGAUUCCGUGCUGGACGAGCUUGGCCAAAACUACUCGCAGAUCAUGUUUGAGCAGAACCUCAUGGGCCACAAUGUGUGUGUAAAUAGCAAUCGUACGGACAGAUCCAGGCAAUGGGGAUUCGAGAAGCUUGUUUUCAUCAACGUCCAAAAAUCGGUGCGUCUCGAUCGAAAGUACGUGCUGCGAGCGCCGCUGGCGGAUUCAGCAGGAGUCCAUCUCUCGGAGAACGUAAGAGGGAAGAGCCUCUACUCGAGAGGCCAGAUUUCCUACUUCCACUUCCACAACACCAUCACCGAGCACCAGGAGAAUUGCCGAGAGUUUGUCAAGGUUCCCAAGAACAGGACCUCCAAAGUGUGGCUCAACAAAAUCCCGUACCUAUACGACGAUAAAUUGAGCACCUUGGCUGAUGAGGUGAAGCAGUUUGAGCUCCAAACCAUCGGUCCAGUUACACUGUAGAGAAAGAAGAUUAGACACAUUCUUUGUAGAGAACUAAAAACUUGUAUAGUAUUUUGUGAUACCGCGGCAGGAAUCAGGAUGCAUCCAGGAUUUCCAGCUGAUAGAAUGUUUAGUGCUGAUCAAAUGCGUACAUAGAAACGAAACCUUACGUUC